UUUUAUGAAAAAUUUGUUAUAAAACAUUAUUACACCUUGCAUUGUGAAUUUGUGAACAGAGUGGAAUGGUCAUGGAGUAGAUAAGACAGUAGUAUAAAAUAAGAAAACAAUAACAUUAAUAUUUUAUUCUGAUUACAGGAAAAUUACUAUAGAAGCUUCCUUUUUAUCCAAAAAAGUAAAGGAUAUAUAAUCCAAUAGAAGAAUUGCAUAGAAGAAGGGUGGAGGAGGAAGCAAAAGGGAAGUGUCGUGUUUAUUUAUUUCUUCUUCUCAGUCUCAUACAUAUCCACAUAUUCGUAGCUCAAUCUCAGCCUCGUUUGCUCAAUCUAUCGAGAGAAAUUGUAUAGCUACUGAUUGGUUUAGAUUCUUGAAUGGUGACGAAUGGAAUGCGUGUUGGAAAAUACGAGCUUGGGAAGACGCUUGGUGAAGGAAACUCUGCGAAUGUCAAACUCGCCAGAGAUACUGUUUCAGGCCAAUCUUUCGCCGUCAAAAUCAUUGACAAGUCUCGUAUCUCUCGUCUUAACGUCUCCUUGCAGAUUAAGAGAGAGAUCCGCACACUCAAAGUGUUAAAGCAUCCAAACAUUGUCAGAUUGCAUGAGGUCUUGGCUAGCAAAACCAAAAUUUACAUGGUCCUUGAAUGUGUCACUGGAGGAGACUUAUUUGACAGAAUUCUCUCCAAGGGAAAGCUUUCCGAAACAGAAGGAAGAAAAAUGUUUCAGCAGUUGAUUGAUGGACUCAAUUAUUGUCAUAGCAAGGGUGUUUUCCACAGGGAUCUCAAGCUAGAGAAUGUUCUUCUUGAUGCAAAGGGGCACAUCAAGAUCACUGAUUUUGGCCUUAGUGCUCUCUCUCAACAUAUUAGGGAAGAUGGGUUGCUACAUACAGCAUGUGGAAGUCCUAACUACGUCGCUCCUGAAGUUCUAGUCAACAAGGGCUAUGAUGGAGCAUCAUCGGAUAUAUGGUCGUGUGGAGUAAUCUUGUAUGCUAUUCUUACGGGAUGUCUCCCUUUUGAUGAUACAAACCUGGCGGCUAUUUGCCGGAAGAUAGUCAAAGGGGACCCCCCGAUACCUAGAUGGAUAUCACCGGCUGCUAAAACCAUGAUCAAGAGAAUGCUUGAUCCAAAUCCAAUCACGAGGAUAACAAUAGCAGGUAUUAAGGCCAAUGACUGGUUCAAACAUGACUACAUUACUCCGUCCAAUUGCCAUGAUGAAGACGAUGCAAUCUCAAUCCAACAUGUAUAUGAAGAAGAGAAGACCUCUGAUUCGCCAACCGUCAUCAAUGCCUUUCAGUUAAUCGCAAUGUCAUUGUUUCUCGACCUCUCCGGUUUGUUUGAAACAGAGAACGUGUCAGAGAGGCAGAUAAGAUUCACGUCAAAUAAGCCAGCCGUAGAUGUGUUUGAAAUAAUCAAAACAGUCCUUAUGGAGAUGGGUUUCUGUGUACAGAAGAAGCACACAAUGUUAAAAGCACUCCGAGAAGAGAGUACUCGGAAAGGGCAAGGCGGGUUAUCAGUAACGGCUGAGGUCUUCAAGAUAAUCCCGUUACUGAAUGUGGUUGAACUGAGAAAAUCACAUGGCGAUUCAUCUAUAUAUAAUCAGUUGUGCGAGAGAUUAUCAAACAAACUGGACACAUGAUGUGUCACACGUACAACGGCUUUUAAGGUACCAGUAGCAGAAACAAAUGUCGACUAUUCAAAUUAUCCAGGAUGAGAGGAUUUAUGUAAAAACAAGUUCAAUUAUCUUUUUUAUUUUUUGUAUAAAAUCGGUACAUAACGUUUAAAAAAGAAUAGAUAAUCAAUAUAUUUCGUUUCUGUAUCUGUGCAUAAGCAGCACUUAAAUAUAUAAUUUAAGCAUAUGAUCUUUGU